AUGCAACCAACCAUAAACAUAUUUUUAAAACUCGACUGGAAUUAUUGCUACUGUUCCGCUGAUAAUAACUGGUGCUUCAUUUAUAACCCAUUACUGCUCCGAGGUACGACAAGUGCUUCAUUUUAUCAAUGCUUCAGCCACUUGACAUUAUUAUUAACUCACAGCUGGCAUGUCGUAAUACUGCUAGAUAUUGCGACAUGCAGGCACUAA